AUUGUGAUUUUGCCAACCACCUGUUUCUUUCACGAUUCGAUAAGCCUUGAGGCUGAACGGGGUGAAGACCCCAAAGCAUUGCAAAGUGGGACAGUGUGUCCAACCCUUGAAUGUUGUAGUAAAGGGACGACUAUAGAUCAGAAAUAGCUUUCACUCCCCUCCAGGGUCGUAUUUAGAGCGGCCAAGUGCCGUUUCUUCUAUAGUAUUUAUUUAGUUCAGUGACAGUGGUCCUUCAAAAUGCUUUAUCUAAGAAGAUUUUCCACUUGCCUUCUACUGGCUGUUGUUGGACAAGUUCUAGCGCAAACUGCUCAGGAUCCUGACAUGUUCAGGCGCUUUGAGUAUAAACAUAGCUUCAAAGGACCACAUUUAGUGGAUCGAAAGAACCGAUUGCCUUUCUGGAACUCAUUUGGAAAUGCGCUGCCCUCUUCGGACCAAGUGCGACUCACGCCGUCCAUCCGCAGCAUGAAGGGUCACAUCUGGAACAACAUCACCUACGAGGCCGAGCACUGGGAGGUCGAGAUUACGCUGCGCGUGUCUGGCCGUGGCUCGGUCGGCGGUGAUGGAAUGGCUUUCUGGUUCCGUGACCAUCCCGGUCCGGAGGGUCCCGUGUUUGGUGUAUCUGACAUGUGGAAUGGUCUCGGCAUCAUCCUCGACUCGUUCGACAAUGACGGCGGCAUGGACAACCCCAUGAUUUACAUGAUCGUGAACGACGGUACAAAGCUUUACGAUCACAACAGUGAUGGCCGCACCAACAUGGUGAGCCAGUGCAAGCGGGACUUCCGUAAUCGUCCUCAUCCCGUGCGAUUGCGUAUUCGCUACUUCCAGGGCGAGAUCAAGGUUGAGUAUGAUCACGGCAGCACAACUGAUCCAACGUACGAGCUCUGUAUCAUGUCCCGAAACAUCAAGCUGCCGCCCAGUGGAGUCUUUGGCAUGUCCGCCGCCACUGGUGGUCUUGCCGAUGAUCAUGACGUGUUGAAGUUCCUAACCACAACCCUCUCUGCAACGCCAUUUGCACCCAAUAUACCGGAACUCGCAUCCGAGGAAGCCACCAAGGCACAGGAGCGUUACGACCAGUACAGCGAAACGCUGGAGAAGCAGAAAGAAGAGUACGCCAAGGAGCAUCCGGAGGUUGCCAUUCCUAACGUCAUGUACGAAUCGCCAGUGGAUCGCUCCCUCUCGCAGAUCUUGUCCGGUCUUCAGGAAGUCCGCGACAUGGUCAGGAAUAUGCACGUAACAGUUGUGGCCAGUGCUAGUGGUGCUCAGCGUAACGCUGCUCCCGGGGAUGCUGCUGCUGCUACUGGUGCUGGUGCCAACAGUGAGGCCAUGGUGUCGGCGGCCAUGUCACGUCUCUCGCAGGAGGUGCUCACCGUCCUGCGCCGCAACCAGGACGAGACCAACGGCUUGCUCCGCGUGCACGGCGAUGUGCUCAGAAGAGUGGCGCAACCUUCAAACCCCGGCAGUGUGCCUGCGCCCGGCGACAGCAACGCUGUGUCGGAGUUGAGCAACUCGGUGGCAGCCAUGCGCCAAGACAUCCGGGAACAGCAGCAUCGCAUCCAGUCGCUCAUCGACCAGCUCUCCGUUGUGGCCAGGCAGACUGCCGAUGUACAUUCUCGCUCCGGACCCGCUUCUGCACCGCAGCAAGACUGUCUCUCCUAUUCCACUCUCGUCAUUGUCAUCGUUAUCGAAGCUAUCAUUGCAGUCGUUCUUCUCUGGAGGCAGAAGCAGAAAUCGGCCGCUGCAGAGAAGAAGUUCUUCUAGAUAACAAAAGUUAUUCCUGUGCAGCAGUGCUGUAGCUUCUGCUCGGCAGCUGGGAGGCGAAAGAAAAGUUACAGAUCCUGCCGCCCAUACCAAACUUGAUUUCAAAUGUGCCAGCUUUGUACUUGAAGUUAGACGCGCCCAGACGCCUGGCACAUUGGCGUGGACCAAAACCUAUUUAUUUUCUUCGUUGCGUGUCCUAGGUAUGUUUUGAUUUCCCUUGAUGCCUAGUUUCCGAUCUUAAGCUCAGUUAUAGCCGGGCUUUCGUGCUCGUAUCAUUAUUUUCCUUAUGGCUGUGCUGCUGAGCAGCGCACUAGCGUGUUGAAAAUCCUGGCGUAUCUUCUGUGCACAGAUGUUAUCUAUUUGCCCGCACACGAUAUGAGUCUGAGCAGGUGUCUGAAUUUGGUUGGCUGACACUAGCAGGUAUGGCUGUACACCGGUGCAGUUAUAAAGCAA